UCCCAUGGCCCCAAGGUGUUUAUAAGAGAAGAAUCACUGCAGAACUCACAAAUAGUGUAGAAACAAAUGGUGUAGCUUUAUUCCAUCACUGCCUAUAUCUAUCUCCUAUCUCUCUAACUCCUAUCGAUCUAUCUCUCUAUCUAUCUAACUCAUAUCUAUCCAUCUAACUAACUCAUAUCUAUCUAUCCAUCUAUCUAAUAUUUAUCUCUCUCUAUCUAACUAACUCAUAUCUAUAUCUAAUAUCUUUCUCUCUCCAUCUAUCUAACCAACUCAUAUCUAUCCAUCUAACUAACCCAUAUGUAUCUAUCCUCUCUCUCUCUCUCGCUCUCUCAUAGUUAGAUGGAGAUAUAUAUAUAUAUAUAUAUAUAUAUCCAUCUAACUAACUCAUAUUUAUCUCAUGUGUAUCUACAGUAUUAAUCUAUCUCAUAUCUAUAUCAUAUCUAUCUCCAUAGGAAGCUGAGGAUACGCUCAUUAUCUAGCGCAGUGGUUUCCAGACAGUGUGGGGGAGAUUUAUCAAGCCCUGUGCUGGUUGACCAGUUGCCCAUAGCAGUCAAUCAGAUCACUUUUUGUUUUUCAGAGGCCUUUUCAAAAAUGAAAGAAUGAAUCUGAUUCUACUUUUCCUCUUCACAAUAUUGAUGCAUCUCCCCGUGUCUCCAGCUCUGGCAAAAUUACAACUCCCAAGAGGGAUGCAGCCAGGUGACUGCUGGUAACCCAAUCACGAUGACCUUUCGGGAUCAAUGGAACCAUAUUAUUAAAUAUCUAAAACAGAAAGGGAAUGAUGUUAUGACCAAAGCAAAGGCAAAGGCCCAGAUUGGAACUUUAUGUCCUACAAAAAUCUAUCAGGAACAACAUGAUGGAAAUCAGGAUAAUCUAAGAUCUGCACCAAACCUGCCAGAAGAGCAGAGUGAGGAACAUCAGGACAGGUGAAAGAAGAACAGAACAUCAGAGUACUAUCUUCGAUCCAAAGAGAUAUCCAGUGCGGUCUUCAGAUGCCCUACAACAACUGGAUACAACCUAAGAUCAAGUUCAGAGCAAGACACUGGAUUCACUGGAAGGAAAGCCAAGGAUCAAGGAGCAUGGCUAGAAAAGAAAAAUGGCCAGAAAAAGAGACCCUUAAAAUGUAUGUGGUCUACAACACAUAGGGAUGAUGACCAUGCUCGCCCCAUAGAGAAAGGUGGACAGUCCUGGAGUGAAAGAACUACAUGAUGGGAACCUUUCAAAAACACCAGAGGCAAAGCAGCCCAGGAAAUCUCUGUUCCCGCUAACAGUGGACAAGUUCACCUACCACCAUUUCCUAGGACAAGGAUACUUUGGCAAGGUGAUGCUUGCCACUGACUGUGUACGGGGAGAAUGCAUUGCCAUCAAAUCUGUGCAGAAGAGAGGCCUGCUAUGUAUGUCUAAUGGUUUGGUGGAGAGGAAAGUGUUUGAGCUAGCUCAGGAGAACAUCUUCUUGGUGCACGGGUACGGAGCCUUCCAUACACAGAAUUGCAUCUAUUAUGUGAUGGAACUGGUAGGAGAUGGGACUGUACAUGAAUAUCUGACUAAAGUGCCAUUGCCAACUUUAGGGAGUGUAAAGUUUAUUGGUGCAAAACUGGUUUGUGGAAUGCAAUUUAUCCAUUCUAAAGGCAUCAUACACCGAGACCUGAAGACAGAGAAUAUUUUACUGACCAGCCCGGGGCACAUCAAAAUUGCAGAUUUUGGGCUUGGACUGGAUAACGUGUUUCGGAAAACACUAGGCAAAGAUGUUAUGUCAACCCCUGGUUUGGCUCCCCCGAAAUGAUAUUGGGUCACCCAUAUGGCUCUGGUGUGGACUGGUUUGCCUUUGGUGCAAUAAUGCACCUGAUGCUAAUAGGAGAAAACUCCUUCCGUGGAAGAAGUCAUGCACAAGUGGAAAGAAAGGUCUUAGAACAUCCUGCAACUUACACCCAGUUUGGACCUGUCACUGGAGACUUCUUAGCACGGCUCUUCUGUAAAGACCAGUCUCAGAGAUUAGGGGAACAUGGAGACAUCCAUAAACAUCUCUUUUUCGCCUCUAUAAAUUGGCAGGAGUUGGAAGCUUGCAAAGUGGAAUCUCCAGUCACCACCAAACAAGGUUCCUUGGAGUCAUCCACACGCCAGAGGAUCCAGGUGCCAUACAGUGACAUAUGGAAAGAGCCCAUCCCAGAGAUGUUCCAGCAAGUCUUCAAUAGUGUGCCAUUCGUGUGUUCUGCAUGGACAGAAAAUUACUGCAAUGCCCCCUAUGCAUCCAGACACUUUACCAACAUAGCCAGUAUAGUCCAAAUCUGUGGGCUGCAAUAUCUGCACCUUCUACUUUCUACUACAUCUAUAAGAUUUAGGAUAAGAGCAGCCAUGACAUCUCAGACAUCUGAGGAUGCAAAGAGGACAAAGCAACAUCUCAGCUCCAGCUUUCUCUUAACUUGGCCAAAAGUCACCAUCAUCUGUGACUCCACACUGGUGAAUCCAACCAACCUUCUAGGAGGCUAUAAGACAGGUCAAAGGUCCCCAUGGAGGUCUUUCUGCUUGCGAUUUUCCUGCCAUAUUAUGCUGCCACUGCACAAACACGAGCAAUACCAUCUCUGCUCCAUGACCUGCACCUCCGACCACCCAUCUCUAUCUGAGGCUCUAAUUAGGAAAGCUUGUCAGGUCUACACCAGAUGGAAUCCAAGCUGCAGCUUCCAUCAGCCUCUGGAUUAUUAAUUAUUUUCAUCACUGAUUACAUAGUAAAAUUACUUAAUCUGUAAAAAACAAAAUAUCAUUUUCUAAUCAUAGUAAGCUGGGAAGAGACAGGAAACAGAUUAUAAUAGGGAUCAAUGUAAGAAAUAGAUUAAUUACCUCAGAGGGGUCUGGCAGCAGCUGUCCCCUCCUCUCUCCAUUAAGAACAUUAAGGUGUAUGGGACAGGGCUGCCCGUUGGGUGAAACGCGUUGGAGGUCUGGUGGGUAACUGGGGAGCGGAGGGAGUGUUACUGUUCUAUGCCACUACUACAUCUGGUUUUCUCUGUGAUCCGUUUUGUGUGCGUUUUUAAACAUAUUGGUCCUAUCUAUUUAUUUGGCACGCUGCUGGCACUUUAAAUUGUUUAGCACACUUGGACACUAUAUAUACUAUUGUUACCUUCUUUUUAUCUCCCCCUGCUCCCUGGUUCCCACUUCUGUUUGUCCACGCUGUGUGUGUAAUCAUUAUAUGUCUUUAUAUUAUUCUAAAUAAAAUUCAUUUUAGUUUA